UGGAAUGAGACGUUUGACAAGCAGGUGUCCACAUACUUUUGGUCAUGUAGUGUAUCUUUUCUCAUCAUAUCCUGUAGGUGGUGUGUAAGUUAGUGGUGAUGUUCUCCAACUACUGCAUCAUGGCUAACUACAGCUGGCUGCUGGUGGAGGGACACUACCUCCACACCCUGGUCAGCGUCUCCUUCUUCUCCAAGAAGAAACCCCUGUGGUGGUACAUCAUCCAGGGCUGGGGUUUGCCAAUGAUUGUCAUUGUAUCCUGGGGCUUGGCAAAAUACUUCAAUGAGGAUGAAGGCUGCUGGGAGACAAGGGUACAUGACUGGGUUUGGUGGAUUCUCAGAGUACCAGUCCUACUCUUCAUAGUUAUUAAUUUUAUAUUUUUUCUGAGUAUCAUACGAAUUCUGGUGGGGAAACUGCGGAUGCCAGACAUGCAUGGAACUGAAUUCAGCCAAUACAAGAGACUUACCAAAUCUACUUUUCUUUUGGUGACCCACUUUGGUUUGUACUACAUCCUCUUUGCCUUCUUACCCAUCAAAGUCAGUGGUUUAACUUACAAAAUAUGGACCUUUGUUGAGCUGGCUCUUCCAUCAACACAGGGCUUUGGAGUUGCUGUUCUUUACUGUUUUCUAAAUGGGGAGGUACAGUACGAGGUACAGAGGAGAUGGCGAAGGUGGAGGCUGAAGCAGCAUCUACACGGGGCGCCAAGACACCAUGGCUCCAUGAGCCAAAGCGGCUCUCCCCUUACCCAGGUCUCCUUGCUUCCCUGUUCCGGACCGGCCAGCCUGGCAUGACCUUUGACGACCCCCCCCCCAAUCACUGGAGAUCUCUUAGACAUGCCAGAUAAAAACACUCAUACAGAGGGACUCUCUCAAGACAUCAAGGGUACUUAAGUUACAUAACUUUAUUUAACUUGAGGAAUGGUCCACAGAAUCACUUGGCCACUCUUGAAGACUUGGACAUUGCAUGGGAAACAGCACUGUUAUUUUGUGUCAUUCCCUCAAGCUCAAGCAACAUUUCUACGACUAUGGACCAGGCCUGAAGAUCUAGGACAUUUUGGGUUCAGUGGAAAUCCUAAGAAACAGGAAGAUAUUCAAAAACAAGAAGUAGGCCUCAGCUCUUCAUCAUCAACAUGUGAAAGAUAAAUCCUGGAAAGGGGUCUGGUUAUGGCCAGCCUCUUGUCCAGAGAAUGUAUCGACAUGAUUGAAAAUUCUCACUUUUUAUUAUACUUCAAAGACAGAUCUUUUAAGAAACAUAAUUUACUGUUCUUUUGCGUCAAUGUACUGUAUUUUCUCACAAUUUGACAUUUUCUGAAAUAAGUACCCAGAUCAAAAGGCUGCACUUUUUCAAGAGGAUAACAAAUUGCUGGUGAGUUGUCUAACAAACGGUCAUCUUGGUUGUCUCAACACUUCACCCAUGUAAAAUGUCAGAUUUGGUCCCUUUUCUUCUUGCUCAUGGUAAUUUAUUAUAAACUGGAUGGUUCAAGCCCUGAAUGCGGAUUUGGCUGACAGCCGUGGUAUAUCAGACCUUAUACCACGGGUAUGACAAAACA